CCAUGUAAUGAUGUUUUCAUUCACAGACAACUUAGCACACCCUCCUUCAUUGCUAUGCCUAGAACAACAUGUUGUGUGCCUGGUUGUUGCAAUAGAGGCACUUACCCAUUUCCUUCUGACUCGGAGUUAGGGAAGGAAUGGCUUGCUGCUAUCCAACGUGUAAACUGGACCCCCAAGGAAACCAGCUCUAUUUGUAAAGAACAUUUCACUUCAGAUGACUUCCUGGAAGAAGAUGGCGAGAUAUCAGAGCAGCUCAAGAGCUCGGCUGUACCUUCAUUAUUUUGGUGGCGAGACAACAAAUCUCCUAGCGAUGAAAAAAUGGCGGGAUCAGCUGCUCAGAAGAAGGCAGGCAACAAGAACACUGCAAACUCUGCUGCUGCUGCUGCCAAGACUAAGAAAUAUGAGGUCCCUGACGAUGCUGAUUUCGACGAGGACGAGUUUCAAGACGCUGGUGCUAUAGAGGACAGUGACGAGGAGUACAGAGGAGAAGAGGACGAGGAGGACGAAGAAGAUGAAGGGAUGGCAGACGACCUGGAUCCUGACUACGACAUCGUACCCAGCAAGCCAACGCGGGGCGCCAAGAGGCGGUCGGCCGGCAGACCUCGUGGAGCUCUGACUGCGACCAGCAAGCGCAAGCUGCAGGACAGCGCCGACGACGCGCUGCUGCAGGACAGCAAAAGGUCUCGCCGUGACGUGCCGCCCGAGUAUCCACGGCAGCUGAACAAGGCAUACAAGGAAAUCUCGCGUCUGGCUACGCGCUGCCAACUGCUCGACGCCGCCCUCAAGAACAAGUCCUACGUCACCCACCGCUCACGCACCCUCUACCAGAUCGGGAAGUACGUUCUACCGCACCAGCUGAGCUUCAUUGAGGCGCAGGCGGUGAACUCGUCGCUGUCUCCAGGCCUGCGGCGUUGGUCGCGUCGCAUGCGCAACAUAAGCCUGGGACUGCACCGCCACAGCCGACACGCCUACAACUUCAUGGCCAAGAUAUUUGCCUUACCCACCGAGGCUGAGCUGCAGAAGUGGGGCGCUCAGAGCGAGACGACGUCAACUGAGGGCGACGUCGCGUGCAACAACGUCACUCUCACCGAGGCCGAGGCGCUCGUCGAUGAGGCCACCUUCGAUAAUCUCAUGUCCGUUAUACUAUAACCUUAUGGUUUCUAUCUCAUUCUACAUCUGCUAGACGCUCAUAAAGCUUCAGGGUUGGACAGUGACCGUUUUGUCGUCUUGAUGAAUCUUACUUCCAUAGACUGCUGCCAGAUUUGAGUUUUAAUUUUGAUACAACUAGUGAAUGCUUGCUAAUUAAUUGCAUUUACUUAUUCCAGUAAUUUUGAUGAUUCAUCCUUUGACUAUUAUUCGGAAAAUCGAAAUGAGUUGAGUAAAAUUUUAGGAGUUACAAGGUAAUUUAUUUGCUUUCAGAAGCAAUUUAUUCAUGGGAAGUAUUUACAGCUGUUCAACUACCCUCACGUAUAUUUUUAUGACCACUAAUAUUUUUGGUUGAUCUCUGAUAACCGUCCGAGGUCGAAGUCACUUGGAUACUUGGUAUUGUGCAGCGUUGAAAUAAUUUUUGGCACUUUAACUUUAAAGAACAAAAUUAUAAUUUCCGAUCUUUUAGUGAUACCUUCGAUGCAGUCAGUUAUGAAAAGUGUUUUAAUGCAUAUUGACUCGUCAAUCUCGAAACUAUCAAGUGUCAUUGAAUUUUUUAUUAUGGUCAUUUUGAUGGCUGGAGAUUUGAACAAUUUCAACGAUUGAUUGCACAAAUAUGGUGGAGUAAAUUGGAAUUAUUAUAAUUUAAUUUAUAAUAUUAUGAAUUAUUUUUCUUUGGUCCAACAACCUUAUUGAUCUUGGGAGCCAAGAAAGUUGAAGUAACAAAAACUAUGUAAACGCUACAGUAAAUGACGCCCUCCUUACUCCUAUGUGUUGGAGUAAGUUUCUUGUACCUGAUAAACCUUUAGUUUCCGCCAAGGUAAAUUCUGUUUGGUUGAAAGAAUUGACGUUUUUCAAAGCUGUACGGAAAUAGGUAUUCAUUAACUAUUUGUAACCACUUAUUCUUAGAGGUGCUCGUGUUCAUGCAAUAAAAUAUUCUAUAAUAUUAUUGUGGUGUGAAUUUGUCAACUUGGUUAGCGUCUGGAAACGUGACAAGACUCCUCUUAAUUGUAAGCGUGAUAAGAAGCUUACUUAUAAUUCCUUUUGAGCAGGUUUCCCAAAAUGCUUCUAGAUGCAUGACAAUCUGUGCUAAGUACUAAAUGGAACGACGUACUUUCAACCAUU